AUGGCUCUGCGUUCUCUUUGCCGGCCAACAGCCAGAGCAUGGGCCCGUGGCUUAGGAACAAGCUCCGUUCGGCUCUCCGAGGGCCCUCCAUGUGGCACCGCGUGCGCCACACCCACGCAGUGUGGCGAGAGCACGUCGAAGGCGGACAUAGCCCACAAAGCUGUCGGUAGCACUGGUGCCACCUAUGGGUAUUCGAAGAAAUUCGCUGAAGGAUGGGAGCGCGUCUUUGCGAAAAGAGGCCAGCAACAUGCUGAAGUCCAGAAGGACGCGACCUUGGACAGCUGA